AGCAAAAAUAAAGAGCAAGAAAUGACAUUUAUGAAAGUGUUGUUCCGCUGCAGCCUGGCUCCUGCUCUGACGUCACCGCAUAACUUUUCAGAAGACGCAGUUUCUUAACUAGGAAGUGAGCGGACACCCUUUACAGGCAAAGUUCUGGAUUGUGAAACUUCAGGCGAUUUGCAGGGAUCGCUGGCGCCUGCGAGUGUGUUGACAAGUUCCUCUCUGAGUCUUUGCAAGUGACUAGUGACAGUGAAAGUUACCCCUGUGGAACUUAUUGUGGAGCUCUGACAGAUUUGGCGAGAGCAGACAUCCAUGAUUCACUGCUAGCUUUUGGAUACCAUAUUUUUAAUUGGAAACAUCAAGCUUGCAAGGAAUAACAAUCUUAAAACUGAAAGAGGUGAGGAGUAAAUCUUAAAAAAAAAACAAAAUAUACUCUUGUCAACAAUCACUGCCAUAAAUGCCACUCUAAGCAUGAGUGCCCAGGCCCCGGGCAAAAGCUCAGCCAAGCGGAGAGGCAAGCAGAUUUCAUUUUUCACUGAGAAUACCAGAGCUACUCAACCAAGCCCAAAUCGGCAGAGGAAGAACGGCAUGUUACAGGGGGAAGUGAGGGUCUCUGAGGGUAUGGUGGAGCCACAACAACCCCCCAAACCCACAGCCCCCAUUACUGGUGUGCAUUGCCAUCCAGUGGCUGGUGUGAAUGUGGAAAUGGACCAAGAGAAUGUGACCAAAGAUGGCACUGUGCCACCAAACUGGACAGCCUCCAUUCUCGUCGAUCACUUGCCUCCCAAGGGUGGGCUGAACUGGCAGCCAGCUGGCCAUGGUGUGUCAUGGAAUCAAAGUGCAGCCCCUUUCUGUUCCAGUAGUGGAGCUUCAAGCAGUGCCCCAGGACCCUUUCAAAACACUGUUGCCAAACAAGGGAGUUCAACCCACUUGUUGCACGAAUCUCUCCAAAGUCAGCAGGACAACAAGGGCACUGGGUCUCAGCUGGGUUUAUUUGCGGAUGCAAUAAAACAGAUGGACGAGAAAGCCCACUUAGCAAAGAGACUGGCCAAGCAACCAGUUCAUUUGUUUACUGAGCUACCAAAACCACAACUACAGAACCUGCAGCAUCAAAUCCAACAGAACCUAUUGCAGCAUCAUCGCCAACAGCAGUCCCAGCAGAACCAACUGCAGCAGCAAUCCCAGCAGAACCAACUGCAGCAGCAAUCCCAGCAGAACCAACUGCAGCAGCAAUCCCAGCAGAACCAACUGCAGCAACAAUCCCAGCAGAACCAACUGCAGCAACAAUCCCAGCAGAACCAACUGCAGCAACAAUCCCAGCAGAACCAGUUGCAACACCAGAAUCAGCUACUACAUGAAUCUCAGCAGAACAAUCAACUGCAGCAUCAACACCAAACAACCAAAGCACAUGCCCAGAUGCAGCUGCCAUCCCAGCAGGCUCAGCUGCAGCACCAGCACCAACAACAGAUCAGACUACAGCAUCAGCAUCAGCAGAACCAACGGCAAUACAAGCAGACCCAACUCCAAAACCAGCAGGCUCAGCUGUUGCAUCACCAGGAGUUCCAGCAGCCACAGACAAGUAAUGAAACUUUGAUUCAUCAUCAAUUCUUCCAGUUUCCAUAUGGUCAGUGUCAGAAACCAGACUUGCCGCCAAACUCAGUAUUAAAUAUGUUUCAUCGCCAGCCAUCACUUCUUCCUCUUUAUAGCCGUCCAUCACAAGCUGCAUGUCAGCAGCACCUGUUCCAGCAGUUCUUCCCUCACCAACAGCCACCCCAGUCUCUGGGUCUCCACAGGAUUCAGACAAGCCAGGGGCCAGAUCCACCCACACAUCUGAUGGUUUCAGCACCAUCUCAGUUGCAACAGGCUUCUGAUACGCAGAUCAGCAAAGACGUGCAGAGGUCAACCGGUGGCCAUAAACUGGAACACCCUCUAUGCAGAGUGGAGACUGAGUUUCAAACACCCUUAGCAAAGCAGACUCGAUGUGCCCUCAACGAAAGAAAGGUGAAGCCCUGCCUUUUUGAGCUGCACAGACUGGGAAAUGAACGUAGCUCUAGGGAAAGCACCAGCCAGUAUUGGCCACAAGCAUAUGGGCCAGAGCUCCAAAAAUUGCUGAACAUGCCAUCAAAUCGUGGUGCACAGAACCAACACAAACUGUAUGGGGUGGAUUUAGUUCAACCCAAGGACAUUCAAGCACACAGUCAGACAAAUGAGGACAUCAGGAGUGAGAGAGGACAUGAGAAAAUCCAGGUGAAUCAAAGCAGUCAGAAGUCUGCUCAGGAGACCUCCUCAGAGAUUGAAGAGUCAACUGAGAGUGUUAUACAAGCUGCAAGAAAGGGAGGAGGAACUUCUAAUGAAGCAAGUGGUCUCCAACCACAGCAAGUCUUGUCUGAUCAGAACUCUUCCACUGAGACUCAGGAGAAUGGUCCCGAGGAGGAGAGGAAGGGGACGUUGGAGCACUCGAAGGAUACGGGCACCCUCGCAGAAGCUGCUCCAGCUGUAGACCGGCUCGAUGACAGCUGCCUGAUGCCACUGGUCAUACCCGUGUCGGUGCCUGUCAGAAACAUCAACCAGAAAGGAGGUGAAGAAUCUCAAAGUGACCUGUCCGAGCGGAACCCCUCUGCACUGACCACCCGCAAGCGCAGAUUGAGUCGCGGUUCUGGGCCCUCCAUGCAGGAGGUCGAACACUCCCGAAGUCAGAUGAACCUGACGGCCAAACUAAAACGGCGGCCCAGGCCGGAGCCUCUCUUCAUUCCACCCAAGCCGCACAACCACGUCUCAGUCAUUGCCUACCCACCUGGUACCCUCUAUCAGAGCAACCUCCGCUCGCCGGUCAGACUACCUGAGCACCCUGUGGACAGGAACUUCCAACCUCCACCUUACACUCCCCCUCCAAUUCUCAGCCCCAUGCGCGAGGGCUCAGGACUCUACUUCAAUGCCAUCUUGUCAGCCUCAACCAGCUCAUCCCAACCUGUCACCCCAAGGUCUACACCCAAAUUCUGCCUAAGCCGAUCAAACAGCGCUGAUACCCCUCCUCCAGUCCUGCCUCUCAUGAAUGAAGCCACACCUGCAAGCAUUGAACCGCGGAUCAACAUUGGCCCCCAGUUCCAGGCAGAAAUACCCGAACUACGUGAUAAGUCCCUGGCUGUGUUGGAUGCCAACCAUGCUGAUCUGGUAUUCAAGCCCUGGGAGAGUCGUAAAAACCAUCAGCUUGACCAACAAAGAAUGGAAGACCUGAUGACUGUGGCCUGCUCCAGUAUUUUGCCAGGUGGAGGUACAAACCAGGAGCUCACUCUGCACUGCCUGCAUGAGGCCAAGGGCAACAUAUUGGCAGCCCUGAACAUGCUGCUUCUCAGGAAAAGUCCACGAGGCAGGAGCAGGGCACUGAUCAACUACCACUAUGCAGGUUCAGAUAAAUGGACUUCUCGAGAGAAGGCGAUGUUUAACAAAGGGCUGACAGCACACAAGAAGGAUUUCUUCCUUGUUCAGAAACUGGUGAAAACAAAGACUGUAGCCCAGUGUGUGGAGUUUUACUAUACAUACAAAAAGCAGGUGAAAAUUGGCAAGAAUGGAACGCUGAUAUUUGGUGACAUGUCCACCACUGACAGUAAAACCGUGGAUGAGUCGAGCACAAUCGAUAGAAAGGUUUCGCUCCGACGUAAAGCCCGAAUUCCUCUUGCAGAAGAUUUUAAGAAUGAAUUAUCGGAGGAGGAGAAAGAGGAUGAGUUGGAAGAGGAGGAAGAGGAUGAGGAAGAAGAGGAAAUAGAGGAAGAUAAAGAAGAAUACAGACCUGAUCACAAGAAAGUGAUAUUGAAUCAGCAGGCCCAAAAUGUUCACUUGCGGAAGAGUCACAACCCUGCCUACAGACAACGGCAGCCUGCUGCUUUGCGCAGGAAUGAGCGUGCGCAGCUGGGUGAUUCAACCAAGCUUGGAAAGCAGACUCAGGAAAAUAUCUUCCCUUGCAAGAAGUGUGGAAAGGUGUUCUACAAAGUGAAGAGUCGCAGUGCCCACAUGAAGAGUCACAGUGUCCAGGAAAAGAAGCAGAGGGAGGUGGAGUUAAAACUACAAGCCCCAGCAGUGGACGAGCAGGCCAAGGAUGAUGAGGAGUGCAGUGAUUAUUCCCUUUAUUGCCAGGAUGGAUAGUAAUGAAAUGGUGAUGAAGUAAACUGGUUCCCUCCGAUUUACGAGCAGCUGUGGAACUUGAGACAUGACUUGUUAUUUCAUCUGGAUGUCGCAAUGGGUACAACUCUGGAUAGUUCCAGCUCGUUUGUUUUUUCUUGCCCUGAACUCAACCUCAUGUAUAGUGGAGUAUGGAGGCUGCUUUUUGAUGCCGAAGGCCAAUUGCUCAGGUGUUUAACUGAAGCCACAACGACUGAGAGGCCUUUUUGUUGCACAUUGUAAAAUAUCACACAAUUCUUGUUCUGCCUGACUAACAGAACAACACCUGCCACUUAGUUUCCCUUCAUUUUGCAGUCACACAAAUUUCUUGCAAAGAUUCAAAGUUGCUUGGAUGCUGUGAAAGUGUUGCACACCAGUUAAGGCUAGGUUGCUAAAUCUUACUUAUCUCAAAGAAUGGGUUUUAAAAUGUUCAGUAGAAAAACAUCUCAAUAGUCUGGUUUUACAUUACACCAAACAGAUGCAGUUGCAUGCUUGCACUGCAUGUUAAAGUUACAGCACAAACUUUGGGCUCAUUUAUAAUGGUUCAUUUCUGCAGCUAGACAAAAUUAGGAUUGAAUUUUCGUUUAAAUUACAUUUGGAAUCCUAGAUCUAAGUUGUGAAAAUUGACUUGUUACCCUGUAAAAUAAUGAUCAAUUUCACUCUUGCUUGGUGCACAUUGGGACUGUCCUUUAUUGUUAUUAUACUUUGUCUCCAACACUUGAAUCAGAUCAUUUAGCUUCCAUUGUACCUGGACACAGCACAAAUCAGCACUGUCCCCUACAUAAGGAUUACUGGUGUACCGGGUGAGACACCUUGCACAUUAACAAAUGCUUUGCUAACUUAGGAAGCUGUGAUACUGUCUAUUUCCUUGCCUCCUCACUGAAACACUCGUUUCACUAUUUUCCCUACUGUAACAUGUCUUAUAGUUGGCAAAGCAAAUAUUGUAGAUCUAGUUUUCCCUUCUAAACUUUCCAAUCCCAAGUUUUCCUUGUCAUACUUGUUUCUGCAACCCUUCCUCUAAUAUUACUAAAUGGAGUCAGUGCAGUUGUUUACAGAGAAAGAGAGAAGCUGCAUGCCCAUCAAGCCUGUGCAUGUUGCAAUUGAUACAAGAAUAAUACUUUCAGAUUACCCAUUCCUGGCACAAUCCUUUUCAAAAGAAAAAAGUGCUUGGUAUGUUGUCUGCCUCACUAAACCUAUAGCUGCAGAUCUGUACUUGGACGUGGCUUCGUGUUCUACGAAAUCAGUACUUGUUUUAAAAUCAGCUCAAGUGAUAUUUAUUUGAAAGGCAGAGAAAAAAAUCAGGUUAUUAACAGAGUGAAACAAAUCUGUUGCAUUUUCCUUCCACAACGCAAUGAAUGGGGUUAGCUUGUGGGCCCUAACAAUCGCCCAGUGGAAACCUGGCCAGUCUUUGCAGCACUUUACCGUGGCAGGAUUGCCAUCUCUAGUUGAGUAUAUUUGUUCUUGGAGGGAUCAUCAUAGUAUAUUUUUACCUUUUUGGGAAAAGGUAACUACACCUACGUCCAAAAAAAACAUAACAUUUUAGAAGCCUUGUGAUUUUUCUCCGAAGUUGCAGGAGCAAAGUGAUUUCAGUUGCUUGUCAAUUGGGUCACUUUGUUAAUAUUAAAUUGUACCUAUUGUCAGAGAGUUUGGAAGCUAUACUUUAUGUGUUGACACAUUGACGCAAAAGCAUCUAAAACAAAAAUAUAAUGCUGAAAGUAUUCAGUGGGUCAUGCAGCAUCUCUGAGGAGAGAAACAGUUACCUUUUAAAAUGGAUAUAUUUUUUAAAAGAACAGAAACAUUAACUCUGCUUCUCUUUUCACAAAUGCUGCCUAACCUGCUGAGGAAAAACAUACUUAAUGUAUGGGGAAAAUAGGAUUAUUUUUUUAGAUUCUGGGGUAUUGAACUAGGCAACCCUGAACUUUUUAAUAUAUAUCUUAAAUGUGAUAUUGCAGCUUUUUGCUCAUUAUGCCAUUGUAUAUACAGCACAAGAGUAAAUCUACAAACCAGCUUAAGCUAUGCUGUCAAAACUGAAUUCAGCAGUCUAUUUUAACAUGAGCCUUGUAAAUAUAUUAAAAAUAGGUAUUAUUUAUUCUUACUCAGCUAUUUGGUUUCUGUAUAAAAACUUUAUAAGAUUUGUAAAGUCAUUGAUUUUAGCAAGGCUGGCCUGAACAUUAUAUUCUGUGAAUGGGUUUGUAAAUAUCUUUUCAGCAACCUUUGUUUUGCUCCUUCCCCUUUUUAAACUUAAGCCAAUAACUAGUGGGUUCAGUUCUUUUAUUACCUGCUUAAAAGCAUCAGCCCCUUGAAAUGCACCUUUUUGUAUCUAUGGCAAUGUUAUGUUUUACAAACAAAAUGUAAACACACCAUUAUUAAAUGUCCUGAAGAAGGAUCUUGGCCCGAAA